UACAAAUGUGAUACAGAGUAGCAUUUAAUUUAUAUUAAAAUUAGUUUUUAAUUAGUGAAACGUUUAUAACAAUGUGGAUUCCGUCUAUAUCUUUUAUUUUAAUUAGCAUAUUUAUUAUAUAUAUGAUACAUUCUAUGUGGACAUUAGCACAAUUGUUUAUUCCUUCAACAUGUUCUGAAACGACAAAGUAUUGUUUAACAUCGUUUCUGAAACAUGAUCCUAAGUUACAAUUGUUACUGUAUACGUCAGUCAAUUCGAAACCAACCCCAUCCGAUGUUAAAUUAAUACAGAGGCUGAAUAAAUUUGAAUAUUUAGAACCAUUUGAAAAAACUAUCAAUUUGGAUUUGCCCGAAAAAACUAUUAACAAUGGUUCUUUAUUUAUGCAUAUUAUAAUUGUAAAUUCUGAUGAAUCAUGGGAGUGGUCAAAAAUGAAUAAAAAUGUUCAUAUUGUAGCAGAACGUAUUAAACUUACGCAAUAUGCAUUGCCACAAGCAGCAUAUUUUAAUUUGCUAUCAGAUCAGUCAGAUAAUUAUGAAGACACCAAGGAUUACGUGCAAAAUAUUAAACCAGUGACUCAUUUAAAGUCUAGAAUAUCAUUCACAAUGUUAACUGAUAAAAUUGAAAUAGCAGGCGAAGACAUUCCAUAUGAACUAACUCGGCAUUUGCGAUUAAAUUCGAAAAGGGAGUUUUUACCUAUAGUGCAACAUGAUUUUUUACGUAGUCGUCUAAGAGAUCUUGUUGAAGUAUCUAAAGAUAUUAAAAAAACAAAUUUUACUGUUUCUUAUAUACCAGUAUCUAUAGGCAGACUGAGAUUAUUAUUACAUGUAGAAUCUAGUUUAUUGUCCAUGAAGAAACUGGGCUUUACAGAUAAGGACAUUGAUGAAGUCAAGGGUAUAUUUGCAGACACAAAUAUUUAUUUGCUUUGUGGCACAGUAUUAAUUGGAAGCUUACAUUUACUAUUUGAUUUCUUAGCAUUUAAGAAUGAUGUGCUAUUUUGGAGGAAAAAGAAGAAUAUGAUUGGGUUAUCAAGUCGUACUGUUUUAUGGAGGACUUUCAGUCAAAUUGUUGUAUUUCUUUAUUUAUUAGAUGAACAUACUUCUUUAUUGAUUCUCAUACCUCACGGAAUUGGAACAAUCAUUGAGCUCUGGAAGGCUAGAAAAGUACUUAAAGUCAAAUUUAAUACAAAAAAUACUGAUGUAGAAGAAAAGAGGACUGAAGAUGUGGAUGCUCAAGCAAUGAAAUAUUUAAGCUAUGUUUUGUAUCCACUUUGCGUGUGUGGUGCAAUUUAUUCAUUGAUUUAUCAACCUCAUAAAAGUUGGUACUCAUGGUGUGUACACAGUUUGGUAAACGGUGUAUAUGCAUUUGGAUUUUUAUUCAUGCUCCCGCAAUUGUUUGUGAAUUACAAAUUGCAGUCUGUGGCAGCCUUACCAUGGAGAGCGUUCAUGUAUAAGGCAUUUAAUACAUUUAUAGAUGACGUGUUUGCCUUUAUCAUAACAAUGCCUACAGCACACAGAGUAGCUUGUUUCAGGGAUGAUAUUGUUUUCAUAAUCUAUUUGUAUCAAAGAUGGUUGUACCCUGUUGAUGCUAGUAGAUCUGAUGAUCCAGCAGCAGCUAUUGAGGAAGAGGAUGUGAAGAAAACAAAUUAG